GGCUCCCCUCGGGGGGCCAGCCCCGCCAUGGAGCCCCCCGCCCGCACCUGCUCCUGCGGCUCCCCUGCCUCUGACAGCGAGGCCGAGGCCGGCAGCUCCCCCCGGAGCCCCCCCAAACCCGAGCGCAGCCGCAAGCGCCCGGGGGGGCUGGACCGAGCACCCCCCGAAUCGCCGCCGUCACCCCGCGGGGGGAAGCGCCCGCGGAAAGGGGAGGGGGGGGAUGUCCCUCCCAGCGAUGGCGAUCGCCUCUUUGCCCAAAAGUGCCGGGAGCUCCGGGGCUUCAUCCGGCCGCUGGCCGAGCUGCUGGAGGGGCUGCGGCGGGGCCGCUACGACAGAGGGCUGAGCAGCUUCCAGCAGAGCGUGGCCAUGGACCGGCUCCAGCGGAUCAUUGGGGUCCUGCAGAAGCCAGAAAUGGGUGCCCGCUACCUGGGGACGCUGCUGCAGGUGGAGGCGAUGCUGCGGCUCUGGUUCCCCCACGUCGCCCCCAAACCCGCGCUGGACCCGGCCCCCCCCGCGGCUCCCCCGCGCCGCCGCCCCCCCGCCGGUCCCCCCGGGGCUCCCCGGUGCUGCCGCUUGCCCGGGGAUCUCCCCCUCGCCAGCCCCGCGGGGACAUUACAGCAGCGGGGGUCCCCCCGGUGCCAGGCCGGGACCCCCGAGUCCCCCCCGGCGCCGGACGUGUGACGCCCCCCCCGGCUCGGGGGCGGGGGGGGGAAGAUUUCGUCUGCAUUUCUUGGUUUUGCCUUUUUCUGAUUUUUUUUUUUUUUUUUUUUUUUUUUUUUUUUUUUUUUUUUUUUUACCGGUGGUCAGUGAGACCCGCGGGCGGGCGGGACUGACCGGGGGUGAGGGAGGUCCCGACCCCCGACCCCCCAGAAGCCCCAACCCCGGGGCGGCCGCGUGCCUUGGCCGGAGCGGAGCCCCCUCCCCGCGGGGACCGGGCCCUCCCGGGCUUGUGCCUUCCCCGCGUGGCGCGGGGCGGCUGGGGCUGAGCGUGGCUCCCCCAGAGCGGUGGGUGCGGACCCCCGGAGUGGGGA